AUGAGCAACCUUGAUCCCCAACCCAGCACUCCGACCGACUGGCUCGAAGCAGGCGUGUCAAUUUCUAUACUUUCAGAUAGACAAGUGCUAGGACUGCAGAGCACUUCUAUCCACCGAGACGUCUAUCUCGAUGAGCCGGCAAUUAUCAACCAGCCAGCACAACUGUUGUAUGUCUACGCGGAUGUAUUUGCAUUGACCAAGCCGGAUAUUACCAUCUCGCCACCUGCGUAUGGUUUAAUUCAAGUUCAGUCACGAGUCCUGACUGCAGCCACACCCGUCAACCUGAAUAUUGUCCCUGAUUCUGCAGGAUGUCAGCUGUGGAUCUUUGCUUCGAUUCUGAAUCAGCCAGUGAAAGUGUCAACUUCCGGUGCUGACCCAGUGUCCUUGGACCUGGGGCCGGAAUCAGGAAAUUCUGGAGUGCAUCUAACCAUCCUCCCUGGAAAAGUAGAUGUCAAGUACCAGAAGGGUUAUAACCCGGCAUCACUACCAAGCCAGCCAGCCAUAUAUCCCCAGCUCAGUGCCCAAGGAGUGGCAUUAGGACAGCAAUUGGCUGCGCAGGUGAUGACAGGACCUGACAUUGGGUAUGCCCCUGUCCUGAGCAUUCAAAACUAUGAGACUGUCCAUGAUGCACUGAACACAGUGUCUGCCUUUGAGACGCAGUACACUUGCUUUCAAGAUAAAAAACAGUCGUUGGAGGAUCAGCUCAAGAUACGGGAUACAAUGAUACAGCAGGCUGUGAUACAAGCGCAGAUUCACAGUUACUUGAAGAAAUCGGCUCUUGGGAAGUACAACGACGCACAGACUGUAGUCAGCCGCUGCGUGCAGCAAUUGAUUUCUGAUAAUACGGAGAUAAACUCCGCCUCGAAUGCGUUCCAGAAGGGCUUGCAGGAUUUGGCGGUGAAACAGUGGUUUGGGGCCGCACUCGACAUCAUGACCAAUAUUCUCAAGUUCUCCUCGGGUGUUGGUGUCCUUUCACUGGGUGACCAGCAGAUAUUGUUUGCUGAGACAAAGGGUAUUGGUGGUGCAGCUGCGUAUAACUGGCUCUGCGGAAGCAUGGUAUCAGUGGAAAGUAACAAAGACAUUGCUGAUCUAAAGGAGUUGAGGGCUCAGUUUAGUGGUCAAGAGAAGAUCUAUGCGCAAGUGGAGGCAAAAUUCUAUAGUCGCUUCCUGGGGAUCCGAAACAGCCUGACUAUGGAGAUGCGGAGGUUGGCGGAUCUUCUCACUCUCGACUCGGAAAUUGAAUCUACGGACGAGAAAUAUGCCACGGAUUUUCAGCAUAAGUUUGGACUUGAAUUUCGAGACCCCACUGACCUUUUUCUAGCAUUCAAUUACAGUGUCGGUUCCUCCAAGCUCCCAUCCAACUACGGCCAACAACUGAUCGACGGCCUCAGAAGCGAAUCCCACAGGGCCAGUUUCACCCUCACCGCCGACGAUCCCAAUGGCCAUCAAGGCUUCGCCAGCAUCUUCACGGAUGGCUCUCGUUUCCGCCUCAAUGGCCUAAAAACAUUCUUAUCCGGAGCCUUCCCCAACCCAGAAGCUGUUGUAGGAGGCGUCGUCCAGGUCGACAUACAAAUCCUCACGUCAGGCAUCUACGCCGAUAUCAAAGAUGUUACGAUCUGGCAAUUUGCUAGUGUGCCGCGGAGCGUGCUACUUUCGUAUGAUCUGGAUACAAAGGGGAAUCGGGGGACGACGCAUGUUCAUGCUACGUUUCCGACUAAGGAGCAUGCGGAACUGACCUUAUUUAUGUAG